CACACCCUCCCUCCCUCCCUCUCCUAAUUCACAACCAGCAAAUCAGAGUUUGCAGCUGUCGGAUUCUCUUUCUCUCUCUCUCUCUCUCUCUCUCUCACACACACACACACACACACAACCAACUUCUCCAUUUCAAACUACCCAUCAAAUAUUUGACAGCAAUACAACCAACAAAAGCAAACAUUUUAAACCAAUCCAAAACCCUUUUAAUUUUCCAUGUGUAUUCAAUGAUUUUCUUCCUGUAAAAAUUGAAAAUAUGGAAUAAAUAUUUGGAGGUGGAGACACAUAUAGAGCUAGCAGAGGAGCACAGAAGAUCAACAAAAAUAUGAGAAGCAGAAGCUGUGAGAUUUUGAUUGUUUAGAUGCCAUGGCGCAUUCACAUUAUCGAUCGCAGUUCGGGGACACAACGUUUACAAAAGUGUUUGUCGGAGGGUUAGCUUGGGAGACACCAACUGAUGAAAUGCGCAGAUAUUUUGAGCAGUUUGGGGAGAUUCUUGAAGCGGUUAUUAUUGACGACAAAAAUACUAGAAAAUCUAAAGGCUACGGAUUCGUGACAUUUCGUGAUCCUGAAUCCACAAGGAGGGCUUGCACUAAUCCAAACCCGGUAAUCGGCGGAAGAAGAGCAAAUUGUAACAUUGCUUCACUGGGACGUCCACGACCUUCUCCCCCGAGAGGAAGAAACCAAGGCGCCACUCCAUACCCGGGGAAUGCACAACAGGCUACACAGUCCUACGGCAGAGUGCCCCCUUUACCGCCACCACUACCGCCAUCGGCUCCUAUAAUAUAUCCAUCUUACAGCUACCCAACCUACACUCCUGCAGAUUAUGGGUACCAUCAACAUGCUAUGUACAACCCACAAGUGCAUCAACAACCUCAGUACUACCCUCAAGUGUAUGGAUCAUCACCAUCUUCACCAAUGGGCACUCCAUAUUACUAUCAUGGCUAUUCUUUUCAAUCUCCAAGUCCAAGGGGAACAUUUUCUUCACCCCAGGCGCAUCGUAUGCUCGCCCCCUCCUAUCUCUACUAUCCUACGCACAACAUGGAGCCCUCCUCCAGCUCCUAUCCUAAUCCUCCACUCCUACAACCACCCGCCACCUCAAGGCAUAAUCCUCCUAAUGUUACCUUUCCUUCACCUGAUUCGCGGAAUCCACAACAUGCCUCAACAGAAACAGAACCUGGAGUUGUUACUUCAGAAUGCACUCCAGAUGCCUAAAAGGACUCGUUGAUAAAUACAUGAUCUGAUGAAAAACAUUCAAUUGUAUAAACUUUAUGAUUAAAAUUUAUUAUGUUCCUUAUCACUCGAUCCUUACGUUCUGCUGUCAGUCAUUCGUAAGAUUCUUUUUGGGUUGAAAUCUGUAACAUUAGGUGACUACUGCUUCAAGAUUUCUUGUGCUCAGCACAGAUAUUACAAGAAAGAGAUGAUCAACUAAUCAUUCACAUUUUA